UCACUUCCCCCACCCCUGGGAAGCUGCCCUGGUCCCCAGGCGACAAAAACCCUGCGUCUGCACCAGGUGUGGCAUCACUAUCGAGAGUAAACUGUGUAGCCAGAGCCCUGACAGGAGGAGACCAGAAAUGAGCUCCUGGACAAGAAAACAGCAACCACAGGCCACAGGCUUUGCCGAGAACGUGGCCACACAGCCCAGCGGAGGGACGCGUGAUUGCCCAGAGCCAGUUCCCCAGCGGGGCCUGACAGCCUGGGGGUGGCCCCGUCCGGUCUCCCAGCCCCUCUGCCUGGAGACACACCACUGCCCCUGAACUCCAGCUGGACGCCCCCUCCCACCCCAAGCUGUCAUGGCCCUGACCACAGAAGUGGGGAGAUGGCCACCGCUGAGUGAGCUGGAGGGGGUGCCCCUGCCAGCGGCCACCGUGGACAACUGGGGCCAGAUCCAGGGGUUUGAGGCCAAGCCAGACGACCUCGUCAUCUGCACCUACCCGAAGUCAGGGACGACGUGGAUCCAGGAAAUCGUGGACAUGAUUGAGCAGAACGGGGACGUGGAGAAGUGCCAGCGGGCCACCAUCCAGCACCGCCACCCCUUCCUCGAGUGGGCCCGGCCGCCCCAGCCCUCGGGUGUGGAGCAGGCCCGGGAGAUGCCGUCCCCGCGGGUGCUGAGGACUCACCUUCCCACCCAGCUGCUGCCACGGUCCUUCUGGGAAACCCGCUGCAAGUUCCUUUAUGUAGCUCGAAAUGCCAAAGACUGCACGGUGUCUUACUACCACUUCCAGAGGAUGAACCAGACGCUCCCCGACCCCGGCCCCUGGGAGGAGUACUUGGAAACCUUCCUCAGUGGAAAAGUGGGCUGGGGCUCCUGGUUUGAGCACGUGAAAGGCUGGUGGGAGGUGAGACACAGGUACCAGAUCCUCUUUCUCUUCUACGAGGACCUCAAGAGGGACCCAAAGCGUGAGAUUCAGAAGGUAGUGCAGUUCCUGGGAAAGCGCGUGGAUGGACCUGUGCUGGACAGAAUUGUCCAGGAGACAUCAUUUGAGAAGAUGAAGGCAAACCCCAUGACCAAUCGUUCUUUGGUUCCCAAGUCUAUCCUGGACCAGUCGAUUUCCCCCUUCAUGAGAAAAGGAACCGUGGGGGAUUGGAAAAACCACUUCACGGUGGCUCAGAAUGAGAGGUUUGAGGAAAUCUACAGGCGGAAGAUGGAAGGAACCUCAAUCUGCUUCUGCACGGAACUCUGAGCAAGACAGAAACAAAGAGACAACAGCCAGGGUGCAGCCCCACCCUCGGCCCCAGCUGAGUCUCGGGAAGUACGUUGUAAACCCCCUGUGGUUAGUAACAGCUGAUACCAACUUCAUCUCUAAAACGGAUCAUGCCUAAUGCUCAUUGUCCCAACCAUUCCUUCCAAAGUAAGAAAUAAGAUGUAAGAAAUAAAUGAAAUAAAACACAAGACUUGGAUACUGCAA